AAUGCGGGCUGGUCAACCGACGUAGCAGGAUCGUCGGCGGGAUAGUCACCGAGGAAAACGAGUACCCUUGGCUGGUGGCGCUUUCGUCGGUCUCUGGGUCGAACCAGCCUUUCUGUGGAGGCUCCGUCUAUACGAGUGCGUGGGUUAUAACGGCGUCUCAUUGCGUAGACGGUAAAAGCUCCGCACAAUUCGAGGUUCUGUUCCACAUGUGGGACUGGUACACGUACGAUCCCGACGUCGUGAAGCGGGCGGUCUCCUACUACGUGAUGCACGAAGAUUACAAUCCCAAGACGUUCGACAACGACAUCGCCCUCGUCAGGAUCGCCACGCCCGUCGACCUGAGCUUGACAGGCAUCGCGCCCGUCUGUCUCCCGCCGCCCACAGCCGACUACACGGGCGCGGAGGCCGUUGUCACCGGCUGGGGGACGCUCUCCACGGGCGGCUACCAACCUGUCCGUCCCAUGGAGGUGACGGUGCCGAUCCGGAGCCGCGCGGAGUGUGAAGGGGCCUACGGGAGCUCAGCCAUCACCGACAACAUGAUCUGCGCCGGACUCGCUGAGGGCGGGAAGGACUCGUGCCAGGGCGACAGCGGGGGGCCUCUCACGGUGGCGGCGAGCGACGGGCGCCACCACCUCGCGGGCGUCGUCAGCUGGGGCUUCGGAUGCGCUGAGCCGGGCUACUACGGGGUCUAUGCCGACGUGCGGAAUUACAUAGCAUUCAUUCACGAAACAGUGGAGAAAGGAUACGACGAACUCAGGUCUUUGCCGGAGCGCCAAUAGGAGUUUCGCGCAGUGAAGGGGGUGGCACGGGACGCGACGGAACAGCCAACGAAACGAAAUGCAUUUCUUUAAUCUAAGAGAGAGAGAGAUAAAGAGAGGUGUAUUUGUAUCUUUCAUAUCAUAUUGGAUUCAUAAAAAUAAACAUACAAUCCGUAUUUU